CCUAGAGAAGUCUUAUGGAAAGUGGGAUGUGCUGGUAGGAUUGGUAGGAGCAGUUUACACAGAGGUCAGUAAGAUUCUGGCUGCUCUCCUCCCCCUGCCUUACAGUGUGUGUGUGAGAGGGAGAGAGAGAGAGAGAGAGAGAGAGAGUGAGAUGACUGCAAAGAGCAGAGGGGACGGAUGGCGAAUCUCCCCCGCACCGGCAGUGGCAUCAGCAGACAGCCUGGCAUGUUCUCUCUGCCUUCCUUUAGCUGCAGGGAGAGCUCACUAGUGCCAGGCACGGGCAGGCAAGACAAGCCCAGGAAGAAAUCUUUCUAUUUAGUCAACAUGAAGCCCCUCAAAGAGCCCGUCAACAACAACAACGUGUCCUUUGUCAUCCACUGUCACAUAGGCAAAGAGAUCAAGCACAUUUGCAGCAACUGCAGCCGCGGGGAAGAAGCCCGAGAGGCUGAAGAGGUGGAAAGGCUGGCUGCUAUGCGAUCCGACUCUUUAGUCCCAGGGACCCACACUCCACCAAUUAGACGGAGGAGUAAAUUUGCCACUUUAGGAAGACUUUUCAAGCCUUGGAAGUGGAGGAAAAAGAAAAGUGAAAAGUUCAAGCAGACAUCUGCAGCUCUGGAAAGGAAGAUAUCUAUGAGACAAAGCAGAGAAGAACUCAUCAAGAGAGGAGUCUUGAAAGAAAUGUAUGACAAAGAUGGUGACUUACAUAAUGAAGAAGGAUUGAUGGAGAAUGGGCAAGCCGUUAGCAGCGGUUCUUCGUCACUUCCCAUCAUAACAGAGCUAGAAUUGACUUCGAUGGCAGGAGAUACUUGUGCAUAUGAAGUGCUUCCAACUUCUGAACUUAUGGAUGGGACAGUAUCUGAAGAUCUUUCAUCUGAGCCAGGAUCCCUAUCCCAAGAUCCAUCAUACAAGCCAGCCAUGCUACUGCCCCCCAAAAAAACUGUCGGUUUCCCAGUAGACCAAGAGGACACCCCUGUAAAACAAAUAACACUCCUCAAGCAACCUCCUGCCCUGCCUCCCAAACCAAUAUCCCGAAUUGCCAAUCAUAUAGCAGACUCCGGUGCACCUGUGAAACUGCCUUGUAUGCCAGGGAAAAUGUCUCCUCCACUACCUCCAAAGAAAGUCAUGAUCUGCAUGCCAUUAGGAGGGACAGACUUUCCCUAUGGUCCAUAUUCCAACCAGAAGAGCUCCCAGCAUCAUCACACUGUGCUACCAUCCCAGUUAGCAGCUCAUCAGCUGCAGUAUGGCAGCCAACAUUUUUCUACAGGAUCCAGCUCCAUAUCCAUCCACCCAUCCAUUCCUCCUGGGUGCCGAGUUAUUGAGGAGCUUAAUAAAACACUCGCCAUGACAAUGCAGAGGUUGGAAAGCUCUGGUUUGCAUGGAGGGGAGAGUAUCACAAAAUCAGGACUCAGCGGCUAUUGCGACAUGAGACAAGUGCCAACAGUUGUUAUUGAAUGUGAAGAUGACAAGGAAAAUGUGCCUCAUGAGACAAGCUAUGAUGACUCUUCGUGCCUGUACUCUAGAGAUGAGGAGGAAGAUGAUGAUGAUGAUGAUGAUGAUGAAGAUGAUGAUAGCUCACUAUACACAAAUUCUCUGGCAUUAAAGGUCUUACGAAAGGAUUCACUGGCAAUAAAGUUAAGCAACAGACCCUCCAAGAGAGAACUGGAAGAAAAGAAUAUACUUCCCAUGCAGACGGAUGAAGAAAGGCUGGAAUCAAGGCAACAGAUUGGGACCAAGCUUACAAGGCGGUUAAGCCAAAGGCCAACAGCAGAGGAGCUGGAACAAAGAAAUAUACUUAAACCUCGAAAUGAGCAAGAGGAACAAGAAGAGAAACGAGAGAUUAAGAGGAGGCUGACACGCAAGCUUAGUCAAAGACCUACAGUGGAAGAACUAAGAGAGAAGAAAAUCCUUAUCAGUUUCAGUGAUUAUGUGGAGCUGGCAGAUGCACAGGACUACGAUAGAAGAGCAGACAAACCAUGGACUCGACUAACGGCAGCUGACAAAGCAGCAAUUCGUAAGGAGCUUAAUGAGUUCAAAAGUACAGAAAUGGAAGUCCACGAAUUAAGUAGGCAUUUAACAAGGUUUCACAGGCCCUAGCAUUAAGUUCUACUUGAAUAUUUACCUAUUUCAAAAAGGGAACCACAAGUGCUGGGAUACUUCAUUUCUCUGUUACUUAAAUGUAAAUCUUCAGAACUGCCUUCUUUUAUCAAGAGAAGAAACAGCAUUUGCAUAUUCUGCAUCGAUGACCUCCAUCGUCACUAGACCUUCAAGAACUGAAGACGUGUCUAAUGGAUUGUGUCAUCGGCCAGCCUGUGGAUCUGUCUUGUCUGUACAAACUCAGCAGAUGUUGUUCUUUCUCGCAUAUUUGGACAUCAGCAUCUCUUGUCUAGGCCGCUGAUUGUGGUUCAAAGGACAGAACAAGCAAAAGAUUCCAGAGCUGAUUAAGUAAAAACAGACCUGUGAAAGUUACGCUUACGUCAACCAUGAUGCAUCAAAGCCAAACCUACGUAGGCUUGUUAGUGAGCAAAAAGAGAGAGAGAACAUUGCACUAGUUUUCCUCUGUGAAGCAUUCCUGGUUUAAAGGAUCACAUCUUCCAUGUCCAAGACUGGCUGUUGAUUCUUCAGUGUAUUAUGUCAAAUGGAAUAUCUGAAAGAAGUUUGAACAAAUGCGACUGAAAGGGCCAACAUUUAAUGUAGCUUUGAGAUCGUUGUCACCAAUCUGCUUCAAUAUUUCAACUUCUCAGUGGUAGAUUAAUCAGGGUCAGUGAAUUAAAACUGAGUCAAACACUCAUUGAACAGAUGUUUCAGAGCUGUAAAUCACGUGCCAGAUAAAUGUGGCCCCAAUCCAGUCUGCAGCAUAUUGUAUAUGAUUAUUUAACCUGCACUGUGCAUUUCAUCAUCUCACCAUAUAACGGUCUUGCUUAUUCUGGGCCACGACUUUUUUUUUUACUCGCAAGCGUAUGUUUGUAUCAAAAGGGCAGACUUGUCCUGCUCUCUGUUCAUAAUGGCCUCCUUACAUUUCUUUGGGUAGAUACAAAUUGUGUGUCUUUAGAAAUUCUGUGUCAUUAUAUUGUGCCUGUUCUGUGACCAUUACAAGCAUGGCUCCUGUAAUGAUCAGUGGUGCUUUUAUACACACCUUUCUGUCUGGUAGAGUUCAACUCUGAAAUUCUAUCAGCAAGAGAAAGAAAAGCAAUAGUCACUCAGCCUGUUCAGAUUGAAUGAAAUAACAGGGAUACUUCUUACAGUCUACCUUGUAUUAAUGCCAACACAUAAGCAACAAACUGGGGUCUCUUAUUUAUUGCUUUCGAAAUAAAUAGAACCCCCCCUGUUCUUCCAUCACCUUUAUUUUAAUUGCCAUUGCCAUAAGCCUUGAAUUCAGUGAAAAGCAAGAUCUUUCAAGAAAUUAACCGCCAUAUUUUGUUAAAAAAUAAAAAAAAGUGCCGCUUAAAAUGUUGUGGUAUUGCAGGGUAUAUACAGUAAAUCCAGGUUAGAAGAUGAGGUUUUAACAAAAAGAAUAAUAUUUUAACAAAAUAAAAAAAGAAGUCUCCAGUUAACAUAUUCAUCGAUUAAAGACAAUUCAUUGCAUUCUUCACCGCUGAAUAAUGAAUGCUUAUACAAAAUGGCAGGUUGGUCAAUAUUUCAUACAGUAUGUGUGUUUGUGUGUGUGUGAGACUUCUCACUGUGUGUUUUGUGAUGUUCAUUUCUAUGUUGUGUGCUUUGGAAAAUAAAAACAGGUUCCUUCUUAAUUGCCCCUCAGAUUAUUAGUCUUAGUAAAGCAGGAAAAGUAACCAGUGAUGAACUGGCCCUCAUUUCAUUUUGCACUUGUGUUUAUUGGCCGCUGACUUGGGUUGCUGUGGCAGCAUACAACUUUAUUUAGUCAAAACCUUUUAUCACAGGGAACCAAACAUUUCAACAGGACUUUUCUGAAGUGCCAGAGCUUUGCUCAAAACUCAAGUUUUGUUCGGAAAAGCGCAGAUUAUUAUGGUAGUGAUCAGUGGUGUAGCUAAUCAGUUACUGAGCCCCACAGCAAAUUAAUUUUAGGGCCCCCAACAGAGUUUGUCCUGUUUUACCAAUAUAUAUAUAUAUAUAUAUAUAUAUAUAUAUAUAUAUAUAUAUUGCUCAUUAUUUGGGCUUCAUGGGGCCCCUAUAUCUCCUGGGCCCCCGUGUAGGGUCUGCUUCCUCUGUAGUUACUCCCCUGAUAGUGACAUUUUGAGUGCUUAGAUAAGGUUUCUUCCAUUGGACGCUCUCGGCUGUUGGUGAGAUAGUAGUAUUGCUGUGAGGGGAUGCUCAAUGUUAUAGCUCAGAAACAGCUGCAGAAUUGUAGGUGAAAUGACAGUGGUGAAGAGUGCAUCCUUAAUUUCUAUGCGAAAAGUUAUUUAUUAAAUGCCUGAUUUUGUAAGUCUGAGCCUUACUUCGAAUAUGUAUUCGUGUAUAAAUCUGGUAUGCUGAAACAAUAAUGCUAAGAUUGUUUAUCCUGCUUUGGAAUAAGAGAUGGGCUGGAAAUCAGCCUGUUACAGAUCUUGGCAUUGAGCACAAAUAAAUACUAAUAAUAAAGUUCAUUGUAUCAUACCCAAGCGAUAUACAUGCUACUCGCUAUUUUAUUCAUUCUAUUACCUUGUACCAUGAUUCUUGACCUUUCAGUGAUGUUUUAACCAACAUUUUGUGCGGGGGGGGGGGGGCUUUAAAUAAUCUACAGAUAAGGUAGCCUGUGAAAAUAAGUUAAUAUUAAUAAAGAGACAACAAAUAUAAUGUUUUAACAUACACAAAUUAUUUCUGUACUGUAAGUAUGGCCUGGGUGACCACAUGAUUUCAGUUGGGCUUAUAACACGAAUAGCAAAUGGCUAUGAAAAGGCUACAGAAAUGAUUAAUAACCCUUCUUUUCUCUCUAUUAUAUGUUCUAAAGGUGCAACACUAUUUAAUUGCACACUCACAGGUGCUUGCUAUGUAACUGGCAUGCAUGUGGGUAGCCCAUGGGUUUCUGCCUACACGUGCUUUAAGUUGAUCAAACAUGAGUGCAUUUUUGCCCAAUUCAAUGACCUCCAUGCUGGGUCAAAUCAUGCUGACCCAAUCAUUCGCCCCCAGUCCAAAAAUCGAAUCAUAAUUCAGGCCUAUGCAGACCCACUGGAAGAAGAUCACACAAACAGCUGCUGCUUCCCUGUAUGGAUUGUUCUAACCUGCCUGAUAGCUAUAUGGUUGAUGAAUGGCUGCUGUAUGGGAAAUUUACUGGAGGCUAAAUUUAGGAACAAGUUGUAACCUGAUCCAAACUUGCAGCCCUUCGCAGUCUCGCAUAUGUGCUAGGUAAAACAAUAAAAUGAGUGUGAAAGCGCUAUGUGAGAAUGGUUCCUAUCAUCAGCUGAUUUUUCUUUAUACCCAUGAUUGCUCCUUUAUUUCUAAUGAAAAAGUGUGAAAAAUAUGAGAAAUGGGACUUAAAUCAUAAAAACUGAUAAAUGUCCCGCGGUUUCAGUGCAAAUGCCCAAGCUGAGCAGCAGGUCAGGAAUCUCUUUUUAGAGGUUUUCUUAAUGAAAAACUGCAGGAAGGUUGCCGCACUGCAUACUUUUAACUAAAAGAAUUUGGGUUUUUAAGGUCUGCUUCCUCUAUAGCUAAUAAAAACCCCCUCCUCCUCAGCCACUCUCUUACCUGCGGCGAGGAAGGGGGAGGCAAGUUGGGCGGGAGUCGGGUCAGGGAGUUGGCGGAGUUGCGGCGGGAAGUGGGUGGGAGGAUGGAGAUCAGCGUUGCGACGGGCUCCUCUCAAGAUUUUUUUGCUGGAGGGGCCGGCUCACUUGAGUUACGCCACUGCCAGUCAUUCAUCAUUAUUGCUGGGAUGCAAGUCAAUCCGUUAAACAUUGAGCCUUUAUAACCCUUCUUCUCAAAAACUUUUAAUCAUUCUCAUCAUUCUGCCUCUGAACUGAGCCAUGUAUUUUCCUAAUGUUACAUAUUUUUAAAUAUGGGAGUGAUAUAUUAACGAAUACAGGGAGUGAUAUGUUAACUGAUGCCUAUGGAAAUGGUAGUGCAAUUGUGAGCAGAUUGUGUAAUCUUCUCUGUGCUCCUGCUGUUUAAACGCAUUCAUGUUUUAAAGGGCAAUAAGAAUUCCAAAAUCAGUUUUGUUUUUUGUUUUUGUAGCCUCAAAUUCAGUAUUGAUCAAGCAGUGUAGGGAGGAUGGUGGGUUAAGUCUGCCCAUGAGUUGCCUGAAGUGAACAUUUUCGAAAAACCAAUUCAACCAUGACCCUGUAUGUGGAUUGCUUAAUAAAAGCAGAGGCACAAGAUCAGCAAACUUCUGUAUGAGUGACUGAUGGGAGGGUUUAAUUGUCAUUUUAAGGUCACAGAUUUAUGUUCUGCGGAGGUAAGCUGGAUAAACCAUUUCAGUGAAUAAAGAAUAAACUACA